AUGGGCAACGGAGCCAAGGCCAACAUGAAGCGCGAGCGCAACGCGAAGGACACCAAGUCCGCCAAGUCGCAGACCAAGAGUAACGAGAAAGCCAUGAGCAUCCAGUGCCAGAUCUGCAGACAGACUUUCCUCCAGACCACCAAGGCCCCUGCUCUCCUCGAGCACGCCUCCAACAAGCACAGCAAGGGUCUUGCUGAGUGCUUCCCCGGUGUCAGCGCAUAG